UCAAAAUGCUGGCCAAAGCUUGCCAUAAUAUCACUACGCCACCAAAGUUCCCGCCGGCGGUGAAGCUGCCGCAAGCGGCGGCGACGACGAGCCAGGUGUCGUUCCCCAGCCGCCACGUGUCAAGAGCCAUCUCAAUCCCCACCACCACUAUCACACCACCGACGCCGGAGAUUUUAGCCAGCCCGGAGUUAUUGGACGACAGAGUGACCGCUUACUGGGACUACCAGUUUCUAUUCGUGUCCCAGCGGUCCGAGGCCGCUGAACCGGUGGCCCUGCGGGUCGUGGAGGGCGCGAUACCGGCCGACUUCCCCUCCGGGACGUAUUAUCUCACCGGGCCGGGCCUCUUCACGGACGACCACGGGUCCACCGUGCACCCGCUCGACGGCCACGGGUAUCUCCGGACGUUUGGGAUCGACGGGGAGACCGGAAAAGUCACGUUCAUGGCGAGGUACAUUGAGACGGAGGCGCAGGCGGAGGAGCGUGACCCGGAGACCGGCCAGUGGCGGUUCACUCACCGUGGACCGUUUUCGGUUCUGAAAGGCGAGAAUAUGGUCGGAAAUACUAAGGUCAUGAAGAAUGUCGCAAACACUAGCGUUUUACAUUGGGGCGGGCGGCUUUUUUGUCUCUGGGAAGGUGGCGAUCCCUACGAGAUUGACUCCGGCAGUCUUGACACCGUCGGAAAGUUCAAACUCAUCGCCGGCGGCCAUGAAUCCACGUCUGCUCCGUCGGAUUUAGAAACCGGAAAAUUUACCGCUGAUUUCUGGGACGUGGCUGCACAAAUCUUGAAGCCAAUACUUUAUGGUGUCUUUAAGAUGCCUCCCAAGCGAUUUUUGUCUCAUUACAAGAUUGAUGCUCGUAGAAACAGACUUCUCAUCGCGUCAUGCAAUGCAGAAGACAUGUUACUACCACGCAGUAAUUUUACAUUCUACGAACUUGAUGCCAACUUCAAGCUGUUACACCAACAAGAAUUCAACAUCCCAGAUCACCUUAUGAUCCAUGACUGGGCCUUCACUGAUUCCAAUUACAUCUUGUUCGGUAAUCGCAUCAAACUCGAUGUUCCCGGAUCAAUGACGGCGGUAUGUGGGCUGUCUCCGAUGAUAUCUGCAUUAUCAGUGAAUCCAAGCAAGCAAACAUCUCCUAUUUAUCUGCUACCUCGGUUUCCCCGAAGUGAAACGGAUAAUGUUGUCCAAAGAGACUGGAAAAUACCCAUAGAAGCUCCAUCGCAGAUGUGGGUAUUGCAUGUUGGGAAUGCAUUUGAGGACAGAGAUGAGAGUGGCAAUGUUGAGAUUCAAAUCCAGGCUUCUGGCUGUUCUUAUCAAUGGUUCAAUUUCCAGAAAAUGUUUGGAUAUGAUUGGCAAAGUGGAAAGCUAGACCCUGCAAUGAUGAAUAGGGGAGAAGGUGAAGAUAAACUAUUGCCUCACCUAGUCCAGGUGUCAAUAAGAUUGGAUAGAAAUGGGGAUUCCCAGAAUGUUGCAGUGAAUGAGUUGAAUGAAUGGGGCAAAGCAGCAGAUUUCCCAGCCAUUCAUCCAGACUAUUCCGGCAGGAAGAGUUCAUGUGUUUAUGCUGCAACUUCUUCCGGUUCACGCCAAGCACUGCCGCAUUUCCCAUUUGACACAGUGGUCAAGCUAAACACUGCAGAUAAGUCCACCCACACCUGGUCUGCAGGGAGAAGAAGAUUCAUUGGUGAACCAGUUUUUGUCCCCAAAGGAACAAAACAUGAUGAAGAUGAUGGGUAUCUUCUUGUUGUUGAGUAUGCAGUGGCAACACAGAGGUGCUAUCUGGUGGUGUUGGAUGCAAAGCAGAUUGGGAAAAGUAAGGCAAUGGUGGCAAGAGCUGAAGUUCCAAGGCACUUGAAUUUCCCUCUUGGGUUCCAUGGCUUUUGGGCACCUAGCAAGUAGCAACUAACAAAUUGUAAAAUUUCAUAGAAACCAUGAAUGAAUAGCUAAUCAUUGGAUAUGCCAAAAUGUAACACAAGUCGACCAGGCCAGGUCUUUCUCGAGUAAGAGUUAGACUUUGCAUAUGCGACCUCAGCUAAAUCCAAAUUACUCUUGUAGUGGCAGGUUAUACAGAAAAGAAAAAUGUAACAUACGGUCAAAUCAUUGUAAGUUUCC